AUGUGGUAUCUCAUUUUGGAAUUAGAUUUAAUAUUUGUUAGACUAGCAAAAUAUCAAUUUAUUAACAAAGCACACUGUGAAAUAGAUAAUUUCCAAUUUUUAAAUAUCUCUCUAUCAAUAGUUAAUACUUCAGUUCCAAAAACAAAACAAAAAAAUUAUAUUUUCCAACUUCUCUUAUUACCUUCACAGUUGUUCCCACGCCACCAGCGCAACACCUCUACUUUAAUUAAAAGUUUUGAAUUAUUCAUACAUCAUUACAAUAAUCACCAUCAAUAUCUUUAUUACCACAACAAUUGUUUCAGAAAUAAUCUCAUAAACUUCACAUUCAUUCAACCUUAUACAAAUAUUAAAACAUCCAGCAAACAUUUAAAUAACAUUGAACCAAUUUUAAUAUUAGUACUAUCCAUCCCACCAAAAGCAUCUUACUUAUUGUCAUCUUCAUAUUAUUCUCUCUCUUGA